AUGCGAACGUUGGCCGAGCUCAUGGAGGGGCCCAGCCAGCCAGGACCUUCCAACGACUUCGGCGAGAUACUGCUUGGCACCAAUGAUGUAUCAGACCUCGGUUUCGUGGCGUUGUGCGACGCGCUCUGCCCGGGGCGUGCCACACUGGGCUAUCUGAACCUGACCAGCAAUCGGCUGACCUCUGUGUCCGUGUGCCGCAUGACCGCCGUGCUGGAAAGCUGGUGCCAAGCGGCUGUGGAUCUCCUACCGCUGGGCGGCGUGGACGUCACCUACAACGAUGCAUCGAUACAGUCGGUCCUGGGAUUCCGCAGCGCCCUGCGGCGUUUGUCUGCGACGCGUCCGAAGGACGCCUGCCAGCAUAUGUUCACUGCUGGCUGUGGCUGA